GGGAUAUGGGGGCCAGGGGGGCAUGAAAACACAGAGAGAUGGCAUAUAGGGGACAAGGGGAUGUGGGAUAUGGGGGUCAGGGGACAUGGGACAUAGGGACAAGCAUGUCUUCAGCACAGAGCAUGGUGGCACGCAGGUGAUGUACAGGGUGAUCCAAGUGGCGGACGGACAGCUGGACGGACAGACGGAAGGCACCAGCGCCAUCAGCGGGUACCCCGCCACGCAGUCCAUGACACAGGCCGUCAUCCAAGGCGCCUUCACCAGCGACGAUGCGGUGGAGACGGAGGCGACGGCCACCGAGACCCACUACACCUAUUUCCCCACCGCGGCCGUGGCCGAUACCAGCACCUCUGCCGGCGCCGGGACCACCGCCACCGCCGUCGUCACCACGCAGAACUCGGAG